CUGGCUGGCAUAUCUAUCGGUGAAUCGUCCGCUAGGUGGAAGCAGAGUGCCGUAGAACGCAUGAAUGAGGCUUUGCGCAUGCCCAAGCCGACUCCACUUUUACAUAACAAGAUGGCGGCGCCCUGUAGGAAGCUUGCGAGGUCGGUGAUGUUUAAAGGUUUGUGUCAGAUUCCAGGCCGGUCAUUAUGGACACAGAGGUGCCCGGUCAAGUUACAGGCUCUGAGGUGCAUUCCUCCCCGGUGUCUCACCCGACUCUACCAGCCACUGACCGCCACCAGGUCGACACUGAUCAGCACCAAAACAGAACAGCCGAGAAGCACCGAUCAGCAGAAAACGACUGACACGCAGAAAGAGCAAAAGAAAGAGACUGAGGAGGAAGAGGAGGAGCAGGGACCAGAGUACAUCCCCACGAGAAAGGCCAAGAACCCCAUGAUAAACAUCGGAUAUGCCUGGAUGGUCGGUCUCCCUGCAGGAAUAAUAGGGUUCGUCCUGACCAAGAGAGAGGUGGAUAAGAACCGCCUGAAGCAGCUGAGGAUUCGCCAGCGGAUGAACCGGUCCAAUGAGGGAGAAUACGAGGGCAGUCGCUACCGCAACCACAGACUGGACUGAUCCCAACUACAUUAAGAAGAUGUGUGUGUGCUUGAGUGAAUGUGUGUGUGUGUGUGUGUGUUCACUGCCUCUUCUGCCGUUGGACUGACGAAGCCUUAAAAAGAGACUGAUGUAUACGGAUUGGAAACAGUUGUUGAGAGACACCCGUACUACUUUGCUCGGUGUUCGCACCUACAGGAAUGUAUAAGAAUCGACUGUGAACAAGUCCUUGAUGAUCACACAGACUGUCUGCGUGGAUCAGUAUAGGAUCCAGAGUUCUUCCUAUGUCAUGACGUUUGUCGGGAGAACCGCUGGCCAUGUCACUCUGCUACGUUCAACGGGCCUUUUCUUUCCAGAUUUGUCAAAACAUGCAUCAGUAAGUACACCCUGCAAACUGUGUUCCCAUGUGAUUUCUCUCAACGGUCAAUCGUUUAACAUCAAUAGUCUAAAACGUCCAUUCUUCUCAUGUGGUAGAAUAGAAGCUUGUCUAUUAAUGCUUUGAGGUGUGAAUUUGGGCCUUUUUCUCAGUGUUCUGCUAUGUCAUCGAAUGUUCUGUUCUGAGGGUUCUAAACACAUUUGAGCCUAGAACUGUAUGUUCAAGCCAGUACCUGACAAUUAGGCUAAACAUUUCAUAAUGCAAUAAUAGGUACGAUUGCCAUUAGAUAGGGAGCGAUUGCCAUUAGAUUUGAGGAGUAACAGAGGGGUAUAAGAGCCUUCAUGGUCCACACUCCAGUCGGUGCCGGUAAUGCACCUUAAAGUUGGUUGCCAGCCACCAUGUGAAAUCCACAGAAGAAGAAGUAAAAAUAAAAACCUGUCUCUACUUUGA